CUUGUAUCCGGAACCUUUUAUAGUUAGGUGUGUUUCCAGCCGGUUGACGGUUAAGCAAGCACCGGUCUCAUCAUGUCGAGGCACCUUCGCUUCAUUGCGCGGACAGUGAUGGUUCAAGACGGCAACGUUGAUGCGGCGUACAACACUUUAAACAGGUUUCUGACUCAGGAUGGGAUUAUUGAAACAGUGAAGCGCAAGCGCUACUUCGAGAAGCCCUGCCGAGAGCGACAGCGGAAGAACUUUGAGAACUGCAGGCGGAUCUACCACACGGAAAUGGCCAGGAAAAUUGCCUUCAUCUCCAGGACAAACAGAGAGGAUCCCUGGCUCGGCCGCUAGUGAAAUUGAGUGUGAUGAAACAGGACGCUAUCCAUGGACUGGUUGAAAGCAGCAAGGUGGAAGAAGCAAUCAACACAAUGUCACUGUCACAUCUGAAUUGACUUGGAAAUACUGAGAAAAGUGGCUUUCUUGUUGUCACAUUAGUUAACAGUAAAAGGAAGAAAGCGUUUGUAGAGGUGUAUUCAUUGUCAAGUUAACUUUUGAUAUUAUUUCCAUUUUCUCCACAAAAUUUGGCAUGAAAAGUGCAGUGCUUGUACUUGGAGGGAAAAAUCUUUUGUACUCAUUCUUUGUUGUAACGAGCAGGUUAAUGAAUACUUGGUUGAUGACAUUUUGUGUUUUGAAUCUUCCCACACAAUCUUGCUAAUGAAAACCUAAUAAAAUGUGUGACAUUUUCUGAAA